AUGGAUCAACCGGCCAGCAGCUGCAUGCGGAGCGCCCACCCCAGCAGUCCAAUCUGGGGCUGCAUGAGGAACCCUCACUCAGGGGUCCCGGGAACCAACCUGCAGUCGCCCUACCAGCAGGCCCCCUUCUCGCUUCACCAGAAGCCCGAGUUCCUGGCCUACACAGACUUCACCAGCUCCUGCCUGGUGCCGCCCGCACCCCACGCCGCCUACCCUCGAGAUGACCGACUGUACCAAGAGAGCCAGGGCUACCAGAGAGCCGAGUGGCAGUUUAACCCCUGCGAGACGCGGGUGAGGGCGCCCGAGGCCUGCCCGCCCGUCGUCUCACCCGUGGCAGUCGGAGGGAGCGGAGCUGGAGGCCCUGACCUGGACUCUGUAGGGGGGGACAGGCUGCCAGGUGCCGCGCCCGGGUGUCUGGAGGGAGAGUACUCGCCGCAGAGCGUGGCGUCGGCGGACUCGGAUAAGAAGAGCUCCAGUAAGAGGAAGAGAGAUGUCACAGGUGAGUCAGGGCGGCAGGAUGGAUGGGAGGCAGCUGGGGUGAGAGAGGGAGGCUUAGGAAAAGAAAACUUAGAGCGGAAAAGCACAUCUGGGAAUUAAAAAAAAGUGAUUGUGGACAUUUUUCUUUGUCUGCUUAACGCCGGUGUGAAAAAACAAAGAAAAGACGAGGAGGAACAAUGAGAGAAGCUGCAACAUUAACGUCAUCCUGCAGAGAUUAUAACUGAAAAGCCUGAUCCUCUGCUCUCAGGUGUGGAUUAAACUGUUAGAAAAAGUGAAUAAAUCCACAUGCAGGCUCUGUCCUGCCCUGUAACACAGCUGGCAGUGACACAAACCCUCUGUGAGUUUCCUCCUUAGAUCCAUCUGAAGGUAUUCAGUAAUCAGAUCAGUCUGUGAAAGGUGAGCAGGUGAGAAGACUUCUGUGUUUGAGACGCUCUCUUCCACUAACAGUUGCAUCCUCUGAUUGUUUGAGAGCUUUCACAUGGUCGAGGUGAUUAAUGAGACGUGAAGGUUUCAUUGCGCUGCUGUAUCCGAUGGAAAUAGACCAUUGUUUAAUAACAGACUGAGCACGCUCAGGAUGACAUCAGGGCUGCGGAGGAAAAAUGGUUUGAGGCGACACAGCUGUUUCAGACUGAAAUCAUAACUGUGUUAAAAAGUGAGGUUCAUGCGCAUACGACCGACUCUGUGCACGAGAGAAUAAAUCUUACAUGUGAAAAUAAGUGAGUGGAAAUAACUCGGCCCAAUAAAAUCAGGUUUUGCCGCCGAAGAAUGAGCAUUUAUAUCUUUAACUAUCCACAGAACUGUGAAAUCGUAUCUUUGUGUACUUUUGGAUUAGAGUGCAAUUUAUCGCCCCGCUCAAAUUUCACACAUGCCCAAAGGAAGCAAAAAGAAACUGAUAUCCAUGACGAACUCAUUUCCAAAACUUUCACACAUAACGGAAAGGAAGAGACGGACAGACUUAAGCAAAUGUUUCAGAGUUUUAAUUUGCAAAAUAACUUCAAAUCCUCUUCGUAGAUGUUCAUGUUUGGAUAUUUUAAAGGAAGAAGUCCAUGCUGGGUAUCGUCUGACCGCAGCAUUGUGAAAUGUUGAAUCUGGAGCGUGUCUGAUCUACGGGAUGUGACGCUUAAAAAACAAUCAGAUUACGGAGUUACAAAGUUUUUGCCGUAUUUUGAAAGCCGCACAUGUCGCUCUUUAGUAAAAAAAAAGAGUAGUGAUAUAUUACAGAGCUGGUAAUACAUGCCACCAUGCAUUUUAAAAUAUGACAUGGCAGCAUAUUUGUAAAACUUUUGACACGUCUGUACACUCUGUAAAUCACCCUGAUGUUGAUAAAUCUUCAUGUGCGCUUUUCUAGAUUUUCCAGAUUAUCGCAAGAAUUAAAAAAAAAUCAAGACUUGGUGUUUUGAUGCAAGAAACUUAACCCUGCUGAACAUUUAAAGCUUCUUAGAAUUAAAACCUUAUUUUUAUUUUAUUUGCUGUGAGUAAAACAUUUGAACGUUGACAUUUUCUAAAGUUUUCUAAAGGUCUAAAGAAAGACUGUGGAGCGAACUUUAGAUGAGACUUUGUCGCCUUUAAGGCUCCGUGUAAAAAAAUGGAGUAACACAGUUCUGCUCUGAACUUCAUUGUUCUUAUCACUCAUAUUUAAUAACAAAAGAAGACCUGAACUGUUAUUAAUAAAAACGACACGGCUGAAGUCUGCACCAGCCAAAUUAAAGGGGUCUGUGGGGGCGUCCUGACUCCCCCCUCCCUCUCUUUCUUACCUUAUUGUAACCUCCCUCACUUCACUGAAAACAUGCCAGACCACGUCUGGUAAAAUCACUCUGCCUGUGAGCCCACUUUUUACAUUCUUAUCCAUUGACAUUUUCCUGUCGUUAAGCCGUAACACAAUCUCCCACUGAGUGCAUGCAACAUGUCUGACCACGACAUCAGCCCUGGCUUUUUACAGCAGAGACGCCCGCUCUGUGUACGGACUUCAUGGUCGAGGAGCAUAUAUUAGGAAAAAGUCCUGCAGGCAUUCACAUCACACACAGAGCUGUGUGUGUUUGGACAGAUAUGGAAAUGUGGAGCAUAUUUCAGAGACCAUAAACUCUUUAUCUGACGCUGACUUUCAUCCAGAGUUUCGCAGAAAUGCUGCAGACAGGCUUGAUCACACAAACCACAAAAUUAACAAGAAACUAUGAUAAAUAUUGACCCGCCCACUGUGAAUUUUCCUGACAUAACUCACAUAUUUAAUUCAGAGCUGAAUGAAUCAAAUAGGCUUAAUUUAUAAGAAGAGAAUUACAUAAUCAGUUCAUUUAGUGUCAUAUUGAUUCAUUAAUCCAGAAACUCUGAUAAACUAAAAAAAGGACGUUUUUUUGUUGUUUUAAAGUAGACAUACUUAAUCACUUGCUUAUUUCACAUAUGCAUUAGUUUAAGUUCAUUUAAACUUUGAUGACAUUAAUUCAAAUCGAGUAAAACUACCAGUUUCUGAGUCUAAUCGAGUAAAAGUAAAAGUACUUUCUUUGAAAAGGACUUUGAAAAGGAGUACUGCGAAUUUACUCAAACUCAUGACAGCGGGGGUGGUAGGAGUAAGAUAUGUCCCCCUAGAAGUACACAAAAGUAUAUUCUUGCAAACUAGAUCAGAAAUGGUCCCUGCACGCUGAGUCAAGGACUGUUAGUACGAGCCUAAAGACGGACUUGGGGUAGAUUCUCAAAUGAAGCGAGAGUGACUCUGAUUUGUCAAGAAAUAAAAACUUAUUUCAUACAUGAAGGACAGUUUUGCUGUCAGUGUCUCAGGACAGGGUCCAUAUUUGAACCUGCAGAAUCCAGUUUGAAUUAAUUCAGUGAGAAAUGAGACAAUUUCACUUGUAAGCUUUUUUUUUUUUUUUUUUACUGCAGACGUCACCCAAUCAGCUGUCUGUCAUGCAGUCCAUGGAGAGCUCAGAUGUUUUUUGCAUUUUCUCACUCAGGACCUGAAGCUGCGUCAAAUAAACCAGAGUGCAACUUUGUCCAUGGAAAAUACAGAAGUAAAGAUGUAAGAACUGUGCAAUAAAUUACAUAUAGGUACUUAAACACAUCAGCAUAAUUAAAACGUUAUUUUGCACUAAUUACAACUCCUCUAUUAAAGCAUUUAGUGUGCAUACAAAGUUGUUUAGCAAAGUGUUUUUGCAUCUUAAAUCACAUAAAUAAGUGGAUAUGAUAAGUGAUUGAUUCAGAAGUUUUCAAACAGUUUGUUCACAUACGCAAAUUAACAGGUGGGUGUCAGAGUUAAAAAGUGAUAAAAAGUUAUAAAAAACAACCAACCCAAGAUGAUUUAUGGUACGAAUCAGAACUUUUCCAGCCCCUCAGAAUACUGUGAAACCCCGAUACUACACUGUUACUGAUAUAAAAACGAUUUAAUCCAGUAUUUUAAUGUGUAUAUAUUAAAUAAACACUUUCCGUACCUGCUACUUCAUAAAGUUUUUAAGGUUUUAAUUGCAGUCCUGCUCUCACUCUCACAUGUACAGACCGUGUGCUCAUUCACAGGUGUAGUUUCCACCUGUAGUGUCUGCUCUAAAACGAUCCCUCAAUCACUGCGGCUUAAAUUCAGUCCUGAUGAAAACAAACUCCUUUUGCACCGUCCUUCUUUAAAAUGCACCAAAUGUCGUUCAUCUGUUGCCCCCCGCUGGGCGCAGAAGCUGUCUCCCUGCAAGUUUACGGUCUCUGGCUGUGCUGGAUAUUUAUUGGGGGCCUGUUUAGUGGGAACCAGCGAGCUCCCUGCCUGCCAGGUGUUCAGCUCUGACUAAACCUGCUCCACGCAGCCCUACAGCAGACCUGAGGAGGCCGCGGCACGCUCGGGCCAGCGCGUCGUUAAUGACACUUCAGCAACAAUGAGAAGGUUUCUGGCUCUGCACAUGGGCACUGCUGCACAAACACACACGUUUACACACCCUCACACACACGUCGGAGUCUGCCCAGUCACAUCUGGCUCAGGUACUUCAGUCCGUUUCACCGUCUGGCUCGUUUCUCUGGCAAACGCAGAGCAGAACUUCUCACUUUGACAAAUUAGAACCAUUUUCUCAGGAUUACAUCAGCUGCUGGUGUCGCUACCAUUGCACAAUUAUUACCCAGAGUUUUUCCCUUUAAUACGGGAGAGGGGGGCACCGAGAGUUUAAUCAACUCGCUUCCAUUUAAUUUUAAAGACGAGGGUCAAAAUCUUGCUAAUUUAAGGAAUCACAGAGAGAGAAACUUCAUGAAACUGCUUCAAACUGCAAACCUUUUUUAUUGAUUUAACAUGCGCUCUAAACCACAUUUCCUGCUAGAUGGCUGAACGCCACUUUCAUAAAGAUAUCUCCGUUUUUCUCCUGAUGUAUUCGCUGUCAAGUAGAGAUGAGUUAAUGUGGAUCUCCCCCUCAGUCCUCCGGAGGGAAAUCUUCUGACACACACCCACGCAGCGCUCGGACCUGGACACAUCCGCACCUUUGUUCUUUUGUUAGAGGCUUUAACGAUGUUCCGCUGCAUUCCUCUGCUAACUCAGUCCCUCUGUGGCCGGGCUGGUGGCCUCUGCCCCGCGCAGAAAAGCUCUCACACAUACCAGGAGUGAAGGUUUACGUGCACUAAUUUUAAGCAUUUAAACGUGCGUUCACGUAAACAGAGAAUUGAAGGCAGAGAAAUUCACGCACGUGCAGAUUUCCUGGACUCUCGCUGCAGGUGAACUGGACUCAUAACUCCGGGUCAGGGUGGUCUCCUUUUAAAGCGCUGGUCUUGGUGUUUACUAUAUGAGGGGCCUCCCACUUAAGAGUCUUUGGAGUGGUGGUUUGUUGGUCGGGAAGGUCCUUGAGGUCUGUUUGAUAGUGGACUAGCGGCUGGUCACAAAAUGAGAGGAGAGUUAAUUUGAGUCAGAUCAGCUGUGAAUAAAAUAAAAAUAAGAGAUUUGAGUGGUUUGAGUCAAGAGGAGAAAAGUCUGAAACAAAGUCAAGAUUCCUGGGUCUUAAAAAUGUUCAUACCUAAUGCAACGCUUCUGAUAAAAAUCAGAACUUCUUUAUUAUAAAUUUAACAACAAUUUAAAAAUACUAACUAAUCAGAAACAAAUUGCUGAUAUCUAAUGAGCAUUUGAUUAGUUAAAGGUAGAUAGAAAAAAUGUUUGAGUAAAAUAUUUUUGUUUCUAUUCAGUUAAAAUUAAUUAUUAAAAUUAAAAAAAUACAAGACUCAUCAAUGGGUAAAAAAAAGGCAUAUUUCACUCUAUUAUACAUGGUUAACUUGACAGGUAUAUAUUUCACAUGGGUUCUUAAAGCUGCUGUGAGGAACUUUGGUUUGUGUUGAUUUUGGCGCCCCCUGUGGACAAAGUUAGAACUCUUUUCUAAUUGUCUUUUACAUGUGAAAGUAGCCGUUUCAAGCAUUUAUUGAGUUAUGUUUCCACGUGUUGUUUUUGUCUUUUCUUUAAAUUAUUAUCUUUUAUCGGUCCGUCUUUGAGAUGACGCUUCACGGUAUUUCUUUCUCAUGAUCCUCAUCAGCUGCUGGUGCGCAGAUCCUCUUUGUACCACUUUCUUUCAAAAUGGCUGUCACUGAAGAGGAGCCCCUUUGUGGCGUUUUUCAGCACUAAAAUUAAAACAGUGAGAUUUUUCCGUUUUGUUGCUGAAGGUCAGUUUGUGUCUGUUUCUCCACCUGUUAAAAAAUCCUAAUUGUGCCUUUAAUGAAUUUGUGAAAAAAUCAUCUUGAAUCUCUGUUUUACAUCUGUUUACCUCGUUUACCUCCAUCAAAUGUGUUCGCUAAGAUGGCCGCGUAUGUCAGCUCCCUGCAAACGCCAGGAUCUCCCUUCUCGAGUCCAAACUUCUAGAAACAUCCCCAGAGCCUUCAGUCCCCCUCCGAAAAAAAGAUUUUUUACCGAGUUUAGUUUCACUGAAAAGAUAUUUAUUGGUAUUCAGACAGUGAGGAAACUUUAACCUACAUCAGAUAUUCUCCCUGCGUGUGUGUGUGUUUGUGUGUGUGUGCAGAUAUCCAGGAGUCCAGUUUUAAGGUGGAUUCAAGCUGCAAGGCGAGGAAAGAGCGCACAGCGUUCACCAAAGAGCAGCUGAGAGAGCUGGAAGCCGAGUUCACCCACCAUAACUACCUGACCAGACUCCGCCGCUACGAGAUCGCCGUCAACCUGGACCUCACAGAGAGACAGGUACAACACGAUCACCUCGCACAGGAUCGCAUGAUUGGGAUGAGAAACCGAACUCUGUAUGGACUGCUUUUAAAAAUAGAGCUGAUUAUGCAACAGAUUUUCACUUUCAAAUGAUCAAAUGAUCCUCUAAAAAUCCAAACCUAGAGCAGAGAUUUGUCCAAAAAGGUACAAAACACCUUCAUUCUGAAAUUAGAUACGUAAUAUUUCCCUCUUUCUCUACUUUUACACUUGAACGCUGAUAAAAUUAUGAAAAAUGUCCAAAUAAAACCCCCAACAAACACCUUGAUAACACAGUCAGACCUCCUGCGGCGAAAUUUUGACCAAAACAAAUAAGUUUUGAAAUAAAGAUCUUAAGCGUUAAAAAAAAAGGUCGUUUCCCUUCAGGUUUCUGCAUGCCUCUCCUAUGUUACACAUCGUUGCAUCGAGAGUAUAAUGAAUAGCUUUUCCACCGUAUUCGUCAUCCUGCGGUCGUCGCAGAACGACACGCAGCUUUAAUAAUCGGCUGCAGCUCCAGACUUGAUGAAAUCGGGCGAACAUGUGUGGAUGCUGCCGGAUUAAACCUCAGUCUGCCUGUCAGGACCGCAGUGUCCCCACUCCACCUAAUGAGGCCGCGGUGCCACAGUGACCACACAUACUGCCGUCUGCUGCCUGAUCUGUUUCCCAGACCUCCUGAACACACACACACACACACACACGUGCAGACACACACACACACACUCGCACAGCCAGGUCCCAUCUUCACUCAGAGCUCCCACUGCUGCCCCUCCACUUUUUCCGACUCAUCCUGUUCACUCCGUCGUCCUUUCAAUCAGUCAGGAUGAAGAGAGACCUGGACACGGUGAGGCUGCAGCAUGUGGGAGCGGAUUCCUCUGGAUCCCGGAGCAGCAGGCGGGAAUUCUUAGUGGGAUGAGGAGCGGUCAUCAAAAACUUUAUUGGCCUGAGAUUCACGGAGAAAUUCAGCUUUCCACCUCUGCACUCUUCUCAAAAUCUACUCAGGCUUCUCCGAGUCAGAAAUGGCGACAUUUUGAGCGACAAAAAUAACGAUUUAUCGCACGCAGGUUUUUAAUUAUCGAAACAUAUUUCUAAAUUCUGAUUUAAAACUUCAGCUUAUUAAAAUCUGUUUGUUUCCUUCUGUCAGAAAAUCCAAUUACAACCAACACUUUGUGCACACCUCUAACCAAUCAUGCAUAACUCCUAAAGAACACCAAAUCUGUACAGUGUUGAAUGGAUUCACUUUAUACGAAAUUUUAUGUUUAUGUCAUUUAUAAACGCUCACUUUCAUCCCAAAAUUCAACAUGAAGAAGUAAAAAAAAGGAAGUAUUUUCUGCAGAAGAGAUGCAUUUAUUGUGACACGGUACCAAACUGGAUUAUUAUUGCAAAUUCAAAUUAAUACUUAAUCAGCGUAGUUGCACAUAUGAAUACUUGAUCAAUUUGCAGCUGAAAAUAAUCCCUGUAAUCCCGCUUUUUACUUCUAUUUUGAUCCAGUUUCUAAAGAAUAUAGACAGGUCCACAAACAGCUGAGAGGUGGAGACAGAUGGAUGAUCACGUUGAGCUCAUUGAUGUUUUACAGGAUUUGCAGACAAUCAAAAACUGCAGAAAAAAACUAAGAAUCAGGAGCCUUUUAGUGACAAAUGAAAAUGUUGAAUUAUUAAGUUUGAAAACAGUAUUGUGACUUCGUUCCACAACAACCUAGAAAAGUGCGUUAACUGGAGAAAUGUCUCCCCCUCGCAGCCUCAACAGUCUGCUGCUUCCCCACGCCUUCUUUACCUGGACCAAUCAGGUUAAAGCUCUGGAAUCAGGGAGGACUAAACUCAGGUGGAAGUAAUUUAAGAAACAAAUGCGUCCACACUGGAGUUGUUUUGAAAUAAUUUCUCUGUCCACAAAACUCAGAAACAGCUGAAGAUGUUUUAUAAUCAGGACAGAUGGUUUGUGUGGUCAGUCUGUCAGAGCAGAAACACCAAAGAAGAACGUCGUGAACAUGUAGACAGGAGGUCAAACACAGAAAAACUUCUCAAAAAUAUCCACGUACAUGAACCUAAAUCAUAUUUAAACAAAUAAACAUUUCUUUAAAUCAGUUUUUAUUCAUGUUUAAAGGAGUUUCAAACUUUGAAACGUUAAUAAGGGAGACAAACGUGCACCUUUCUCUCCGCUGUAACAUCAGCGUUUAUCGAAAAAGACUCUUGGCCCCAUGACUGACUUUGCUCCAAUGAUGAUUUACAAAUAUUGUUGGUGAGCUGGAAAAAAAAUCUACACAUUUCGGGAAGUUUUCUGGAGUUCUGCACCUGAAAUUUUCCAGAGUUGCUCACAGCGUGAAGUCUUCCAGAGGGAUGAUGGGCGGAGGACGGGGGUGGAGUUUGGAGAGGCUCGACAGGAUGUUGAAAGCACGGUGCAGUGCGACGUUUACAGAAAAAUAGAUGGACGGAUGAUUUCUCUUCUUGUGACCUUGGAUUUCUUUCAUCACUCAUGACUCCUGUCCACUCUCGUAAACUUCCUGCUGCAUAUUUCACAUUUAGCCUACUCUGACCUCUUGCCAAACUUUGUCAGGGGUCUGGCAGGGAAACUCUGGACAAAGUUGGGCUGAAAUCUGUUUGCGUUCACACGUGCAGCUCACCCUCAAGAUUUGAGGAAGUAUUGAGGAGUUUGUGUGAAUAUAAGCGUACAGCUUGUAUUUAAAUCAGUCAAGAUUUAUCCUUGUGUAAAUUACUUAAUUGCUCUUAUUUGUGGUAUUUAUUUGCUCUGGCUCCUAAAGGUGUCAUUUUUGAACAAACGACCUCUCUGUUGUCUUCCUGCCUCAUUCUUACUGUAACCCUCUUCCCUCACAGGAAGUGUGAGUUUGCAGCUAUUCUUGGCCGCACAGUUAAACGGUGAUAUCAUUCUGGUUUCAGAGCAGCAAACAGACACAGAUGAGCUCGGUCCACACUUAGAGCACAUCCUGACAUCCUCGUAGUCCACUCUUUCGACCUCCUGUCCAUACGAUACUCUCCGCCUGUACUGGCUGAGAUUUUUGAACGCUUUCCUCUGACAAUUCAUGCUCCUUGAAAGGCCAACACAAGCCGAGCCAGUUUAUACCUCCACAGGAGAUUUGUGGGGUAUUAUUUGUCUGUUUUUCUGCUGACCACCAUGUAAAAAUGCCCCUAAAGCUGCCAAAAAGAGAGGGAAACCACAGAUAUCACCUUACAAGUCAAACAUUGGAAAAAGAACAUUGUGCUCUGUAUCACAGUCUGUUAUCAAGCUGAGCUCCUCACUGUUUUCAGAUGUUAUUGUGAAGUUUUAAUACUCAGUAUGAAGGUUCGACUUGUGAUGAUAUUUACUCAGAAACUGCUUAAGUCUCAAGCUCUUUUACUCUCAAGCUCUCAUGCAAGCCAUCUCUAAAGUGUUUUAACCUGCUUUUGUGUUUGCAGUCAGUCUUUUUUGAAGUGAUUUGAAGCCCAUUCGGUGGUUUCCACUACAGAGUCAUGUCUGUUUUCAGCGCAGUGCUAUCAGGACCACCCAGUGCUGGUUUUCAGCCUUCUUGUGCAGAUUCCUCAGUACAGAGUCUUUCAAUCUUUUAGCGAUAUUUUGUUCUGUAGAUGAUUGAAUCCAUUUCUUUGCAGUUUUAAACUCAUGAACGUUAUUCUGAGACUGCUGACCUGUUUGCUCUCACAGUUUCUCACAGAGUGGUGAACCUCUGAGAUAUCAGACAUCUCUUAAAUUACCUUUUUUAUACCCAGUCAUUAUACCCAAUUUUAUUGAAGCAUGUCACUGGCACCACAUUCACAAUGACUUACACAGGGAUCUUAAUUUUGCCUGUUGGGUGAUAGAAAAAAUAUUUUUUUGACAUAUUUUUUUACUUUUUUUUUUUCCUGAAUCCCCAAAAAAUUAAUUUACCAUUUGUUAAUGAAGGCAAAUAAAUAAACUAAUACACAAGUGAGAUUUUUCAUCCUGCAUCCAGGUUCAGGCUAACAAGAAUGCAGGUUGGGCUACAGGUGUUUUGGUUUAAAGAGCUCCCCUUUUUACUGGAUACUUUCGUUCCUGAGCUUUAGUGGCUGUGGUAGCAUGCUACUUAGCACAGCCACUCAUUAAACUAUGAUCAAUCCAUCAAUCAAUCAAUCAGUCUUUAUUUCUAUCGCACUUUUUAUAGACAACUAUGUGGCACAAAGUGCUUUACACAGAAAAAGGAAUUAAAGAAACAAAGAAUACCCAAAUCUACCCCAGCCCAAUCCCGCAUUCCCACCCCACCAUCUAAUACAGUAGAAACUGAAUUAAAACGCAUGAAUUUAAGAAGGGCUUGAUUUCGUGGAAACAGGAAUGUUAACAUUAGCUGUCCUGGCCAACGCAGGAAUAUAUUCUAUUGCAACUGAUAAAAAAAGUGAUUAUUUAAACUGAUAUUUGGGUCACCAAGUUAGAAAACCAAAAGCUGAUUUCUCUGAGCCAAACUCAGCCCAUAUAACCUCUGCAAUCUUCAUACGCUGAUGACACUGUAUUUAACCGCCACAGUCAGGAUAAUGCUUGUUUUUACUUGACUCUGUCUUAUCUCGUGUCAUUUCCUUCCUCUCUCCAUGGCAGGUGAAGGUGUGGUUUCAGAACAGGAGGAUGAAGUGGAAGAGAGUGAAAGGAGGACAGUCGUCUUCUCCCAACGACCUGGAAAAUGACGACAUAGACUCGGCUGCCUCACCCAGCUCUGAAUGAGCAAUGCCGAUCAGCAUCAUGAAAAGGAGACGUGAACAAAGA